AUGCCCUCGUACACAACAGACAAUCGACCGCCAGACCUCAAACUCCGACUAGACGCCGUGCAGGACAACGACGACUCCCACCGUCCUGAAAGCAGGGGACAGGCCAGCAAGCCCAAGUCUCCCGCAGGAGGCUUCACUUCCUUCUUUGGCUGGAACUCCUCCAAGCCGCAAAACGACGCCGAGUCUCCAGCAACUGCGUUCUCCGAAUCAUCAUUGUCGCCUGCAGGCUCACCGCGCCGCCAACCCAAUAUGGCUUCGAAGAACAAGCCGAACGGCCUGGACAUUCCAGCAGCCAACUCACUCACCUCCUACUUCAAUGUCCCCGGUACACCGCUGCUGUCAUCAUCGCCCCAGAUGAACGCCCACGUAGAAGAGUUGGAGCGCGAGUUGCGGGCACUCAGCUCCGAGCUUGCGGCCUCAAUACAACGAGAGAUGGAACUCGAAGAUGAGGUAGACCGCUGGAAGGCAGAAAGCGGGCCAGCCGGCUAUGACAAUCGGAGGACUAGUGACUACUACUCAGACUCGGGUACCAGUUCCGUCCGAUUCCCCAUCGGAGACCCCGAGAGCAAACUUGAAGAGCUGGAUACACAGCGCCGGAAAGCUGAGCAGGAGCGCGCGUCGCUCAAGGUGCGCAUGGCAGAGCGCCUGCAAGAAGAGCUUCGCCGACGCAGAGACUUGGAAGAGCAGGUGCAGCAACUUGAAGACCAGGUCAGCGACAAGUCCAGAGCCGGUUCAGUUGUGCAAGCACCUCGCGAGAAAGAGCUCGCAACAUCACUAGAAGACGCAAAAAGACGACUGGCUGAAGAAAGACAGGUCAAGGAGAAUUUCGAAGAUCUGCUCACGGCCAUGCGCGAGGAACUCGAAAAGCACCGUAACGAGGCCGACAACCUACGAGAGGAGAUUGUCCCCCAACUCAAAGCGCGACUCGAAGUGCUCGAGACUGAAGCUGCUGAUACAGAGAGGCUCGUGUACGAGACCACGCGCAUGCAGCAGGAAAUACAGCAGCUCAGAGCAGAAAACCAAGCGAUUGCCAAAGCGAAGAGACAGUCACAUGAUGGCUCACAACAACAACUUCGAUUUCCCGCUAUAGCAGAGGAUUCGGAUAUUGCGACACCCAUGGGUCCCCGUGUAGGACUUUCUCGAUCAAACUCGUUGGCUCGAAGCGCUGGUUUCAAUGCAAAGAGGGGUUCACUAUCGCGGUCCAACUCAGUCAAAGAUCGAUCGGGCGAAAUGUCACCACGGGAAGGAUCGGCGCUCAGCAACCCCGUCAAGGACUUGGAAGAGCAACGGGACGCGUUGCACAAAGCACUCAAGCAUCUCCUUCAGCGACAGGAGAUGCAACAAAAAGAGUUUAAUCGCCGAAUCAAGGAAUUGGAGGCUGAGAGGGAUUCUGCCCUCAACCUCACCCCUCGUCGAACUGCAUUCCAUAAGGAGGUCGGACAGUUGCGACAAGAAGUCAACUCACUUCGCCGGCGCGCAGACGAUGCGAUUGAGCAGAAGUGGCAAUGCGAAAAGGGACUCAGCGGACUGCGCAUGGAUCUCGACCGUGCCCAGCAGGAAACCGGCUCACUCCGCGAUCUGCUUAGAGAGCACGACAUCACGAUUCCUGAGAUCCAGCUCAACAGUGAACCACUCUCCUUGGACAAGGCAUACCAAGAGCUUCGAACAACUCAUGCUUUGUCCAUUGCCCGCAUUAAGCAGCUCGAAGACAGCGAUGGUGAGUCGCUAGGAGCUGCUGGUGCUGAGGCUGCGCGCACUUUGGACCUCCUGAAGCAAAGCAUUUCUGAUGCGGAAGCUGAGCGGAACUUCGCCCAGCAAGAAGCCGAACAGUACCGUAAACAAGCGCGUGCUCUCCAGAAAUCUGAGAUUGAGCAUCUGGGCAAGGAGCAGAAGCUUAGUAGUGAGCUCUUUGCUGCAGCAACGCGCAUGGACGAGCUCUCGGAUCGGAUACAGCAGCAGCUCGAGGCUAACAGCUCUCUGCGCGCCCGCCUGACUGAAGCCAUCACUCGCGGAGAGCAGGAACAACGAAAGUCGACUGAGCAAAUCAUUGAGCUUGAGCGCCGUCUCAAGACAGCCGAAGACAAGGUCAUGAUCGCGCAGCAAUCAUCCGAGGAUGCCAUCACACAGCACGAGGUUGAGGUACAGGCUCUUAAGGAGAGCCACAGCAGCCACUUGCGCCGAGUCAAGUCCGGCCUGCUGAGUCCGGCCGCAUUCUCUCCUAGGCUGCCUUCGUCGCCUGUCUUUGCUCUUCGUUCUCCUCGCCUUGAGGUGACGACGUCCGGCCCUGCUAUGACUAUGUCGGAAGCAACCAAGACCGAACUACUGGAGAAGCGUGUCGAAGAGCUCGAGAAGGCUCUCAGGGACGCGGACCGCGAGAUGGAAGAAGUGGUUGGCCGCAUGAACACUGCUCAAAUCGAGGUGGCCGACCUACAAUUCGAGAAGUAA